UCCUCCUACCUCCCUCUGGUCCUCUGUUCGAGCUUUUCUCUGACGAGGUCGAGGCGGUUGAGGCUGUUGCCAUCAGAUGUCGCCCAAAGUUAAAUCCCGUUUGGUUGCAUUCCAUAGGCCGCUGUUAGUGGACGCCAAGCAUCUGCGGUACACGUUCGGUUCGGACUCAAAUUUUGUGUAUUCUCGUCCGAGUGAUGUAUACUUGUUGUAGAUAGAUUAAGAAAUGGAGUGAUGCGGUUGUAAACUCCAUUACUUUGAGUGUCAAGAAACUUCAGGUGUGAACGGUGAAUCUCUGCGGCUUGCAGAUUUCUCAUACAUGUACACAAAAAUCGGUUUACUUCAGUAAACUACGAGGAAUAUGUGAUGAUGCGGCCGAUGUCCUUCGUAUACGUUGUUUUCGGGGUAUUACUGUCCUUAAUGAAACACACUUUGGCCGCAGACUUGGGCAUGUCGUUCAACAGACAUCCUGAGCCAAUAGCUGCACCUCUGGGCGAUGAAGUCUACUUUGAAUGCAGCCUCAACCUGCCAGCUGAAAAAUUUUUUUGGCGACACAAACCUCUGAAUUCCGAUCAUUGGGGACCCAUGAUUCAAUCUGAAAAUAGCGGCGUCAAAGCGUCCAGACAUGUUGUUUACUUUGAUGAGAAGUCAAAAGCUGGGGAUUAUCAGUGCAUAGCCUAUUACGGAACCAGUGGACUGGCAUCAGAUCCAGCAAGAUUAAGCCUCGCCACGCUGGAAGAUUUCGUGGAAGAAGAGAAUGAAAAGUUGCAAGUUGCAGCAGGAAAUACAGUACCCAUUACUUGCCCGGUGUCUUAUUCGUGCCCUCAAGCAAUUGUGGAAUUCUACAAAUACAACGACACAAUAAAAAACGCUUUUUUUACGGACGGCAACACAAUGGUGUUGAAAAAUAUAUCUAUGGCUGACAAUGGCCAGUAUCACUGUGUGGCCAACAACGAUAUUUCAUCCCAGACGUAUACAUCUCGGCGCAAGACUAUUUUAUCGGUCCUUGGUAGUGAUAAAGCUCAACCGCCGUAUUUUAUUAAACAACCACAAUUUGAGUAUAGAGUACUGCCUGGUAAAAAUAUAACUUUGGAAUGUUUUGGUGCUGGUAGUCCAGUACCUCGUGUAACAUGGAGCAGAAUUGGUAACCACCUGCCGUCCAAAGUAAGGGUCACUGCCGCAGGACUAAAUAUACACAACGUGCAAAUCUCAGAUAACGGGCAGUACCACUGCCGCUGGAGCAAUGAACACGGUGUCAAACAGUGUAAAAUAUUCUUACACGUUGUAGAGAGUCCCAGAGUAACCAAACCAUUGAAAAUAUCAACCGUCUCGGAGGGUGGUGACUUGGAAAUAUUCUGCAGUGUUUCUGGUAUCCCUGAACCAUUUGUAGAAUGGUUAAUCAAUGGCGAAUUUCUACCUCGAGAUAAAAAUAAAAAUUCUAGGUCAUUGUACAUAUCUCCGGUUGAGAAGAAACAUGCCGGUAUAGUUCAAUGUGUCGCCAGUAAUGAAUAUGGUUCGGACUCCGGUUACGGUUUGCUGAGGGUCACACCAAAACAGCAUUUGAGCGGCGUAGGUGAAUCAAGAUCAGAUAAUACAUAUAGCUCAAGUCCUAAUCACCGUGAACACACGAGAAUCGGUGGCAGAAGGCGUCCCAUUAAGGAAGGGAAACGUAAGGGAAAUGCAUUGAUGGUGCCGCCAAAUCAGCCAAACGUCACACGGCUUUCAGACGUCUCUGUCAUGGUGAGGUGGUCAGUACCAGAGAAUAAUGGUCUGCCGAUUGAAUUUUUCAAAGUUCAGUACAGAGAACUAGGACCAAAAAUGAAUAGAAAGCAAGGAAAAUGGAUGACCGAUACAAUGGUGAUACCGAAACAUGUGCGUUCUUUUGAAGUAACCGAUUUACAGCCAAACCAUACUUACAAAUUCCGAAUAGCAGCCGUAUAUUCGAACCAUGAUAAUAAACUUAGCAGUAACUCGGUAAAGUUCCUGCUGAACCGCACUUCGGACGUAAAGGCCCCCAAACUGCCCGUUCCAAUAUUGAUAAACACAGAGGCUGUGGGACCACACGAAAUACUGCUUGUCUGGAAUAUCGAGGACACGGCGGCAAAAAUAGAUGGCUUUAUCGUUCACCAUAGAGCGACUACAUUUGCUGGAAAGUACAUCAAGACCACAGUUGAAGGAAAAACGGCAAACUCAACAACGAUUUCACACUUGAAUCCCGAUACAGCAUACGAGUUCAAAGUUCAGAGUUUCUCUAUCGCCGCUGGUUCAGAAUAUUCACAAAUUCACAAACAGAAGACACUGCCACUUCCAACCGAAUUUUCUGUACAGCAAGUAAUUCCUGAAAAUACAUUGAAAUCUACAGAAAUCAACAAAACUGGCGGUUUGUACGCGAUUGUUGGGGGCGGAUUCGGAGGAGUAGCUAUUUUAGCUGCCUUAGCCGCUGUGACUAUUCUUUACAAGCGAAGCAAACGUAAACAAAAUCGUGAAUCCCCACAAGGCCUAGAUAAAGCAGUACCUAAUGGCAGGGUCGUGAAUGGAGGUAUACCAGAUUCUAAGAUCAACAUUACACCAAAUCCACUAGCUAGUCUUGAUACUCCUGAAGAUUCGAUUCCCAAGGAUAAAAAAACACAAAUUGGGCCAGUGAAACGACUUCAAGUAUUCUGCAAUUAUCGACUAAUUUACAUUGCGUCCCAUUGCCUAGACUAUGUAAUUCUAAAACAGUUUGAUUGCUCAUAAGGCCCUGUUUUCCAUGUUUUUGAUGACAUGCAACCUGUGAAACCUCACAUGGCUGGCCGUUUUCACGUAUCUUCGGUCAGCUUACAAGGUCUUUUUCUUCUGAUCAUACAAAGGAAAUAUGUAACGUGCAAGACAAAAUGAUAGCCUAUGUACGAGUAAAAAAAUUAACAGACAAACGUCUGAGACAGACUGACAAUGAGAAAGAUGGCAUAGUGAAAACAACAUAGCUAUCUGAAAGAGUUUUACUCUUACAUUGCAUUUUGGAUAAUGUUAAUAAUUCAUUCUUAUCUUAAUGUCUUAUAACUUGAAGCUUUCAACGUACAAUAAUAGGGAAAAGUACUUUUAUGUAGUAAAUAAAUAUUGAUAUGUGCAUUUGGAGUUUUCAGCACGCCUAUAAUUAUUAAAGUCAUGAAGAAAUAGAAAUAUUUUCUUUUGUUCCUUAGAAUGUAGCUGAUAUAUGUAGAGAUUAAAGAACUUUUUCUAAAGUUCUUUUAAUUAUUUAUACAGGGAAAGGUGGGGCAGUACCGACCUGCGGGGCAAGACCGGCCAUUAUCCGUUAUUUUUUCAGGUGAACGGUUGUCCCCCUCUCCUAUGGUUGUUUAUUGUUAUUAACGGAGCCACGCUGCUUAUUAUUUUGUAAUACUCGCCUGGGCGCGGGACUGCCAGUUGACAAAUUCUUUUGGGUGGUUGGUUUUACCCCACAGGCCGGCGCUGCUCCACCUUCCCCUAUGCAUAGUUGACAAAAUUUUUACCUCAUUAACAGUUGUAAAUAUGAAUCGAUAAUUCGUGAAAGUUACGCUUAGCGCUUAGUUCUUCAGUACAGCCUUGAACUGAUGAGGAUGAAGCUAGUAACGUUACUGUACGAUGUAUUUUUACGAAAAAUCGCUACUUCGCACCUUUAGGAAUGUCUGAAAUUUAGUAAACCAUGAUAAAUAAAAUAUACUCAUAUUUUGCAAAGCCAACUCCUUAAAAGUUAUUCUAAAAAUGCGCAAUAAUAAUUUUUCCCUGGUGUUUCGUCAGGUUUACAUUACUAAUUUCAGCCUCAUUUGAACUGUCAUCUUCAUUUUAUUCUAACUUUUUUUUUAUUCCUCUGGUCACCUAUGCAAAGAUAAUACCUCAGACGCUGUUUAAUAUCAAUGUGUAUGAAAUACAAAUUCUUACAAGAAUACAUACGUAAAUACGCGCGAGUUGGUGAAGCGGGUCCCGCACACUAAUAUUUCGGACCGACUUGUAGCAGCAGUGUUAGCGCAAGCACAGAGUUCACUCGAGUGGCUCGAGCGGUUUGAGCAGCCUACUUCAUACGUAUAACAGUACCGUACGGUGUGUGCACUCUAUUUAUUAUGUAAAUGGUAAAAUAUGGACUAUUACUGAUUGAGAGUAUAUCAAUUUUUUUUUAAACACUGGCAUGGAUAGAGAAAUUUAGACGUAUUCCGAAAUGUGUGCUAGCACGUGCGACAUUUUUGAACGGUCGCUCCGUAACUAGAAUGAAUAUGCGCGAUUCGUCAUUUCGGAAUGGAUUUACCGAAAACGAAAUCUUGUGUCUGACUCUCAAAAUCACUCAUCUCAUUUUGCUUCUUGAAUUUUCUUUUUUUUUUUAAUGGAUUCAGAAAGGCUCAAGUCCAAAACACACCAACAUUACCUCUACAAUCUUGACACCGCUACCGGUGAAUCAAUUUGAAAUAUAUCAUAUUCUUUCAUUUCGGUACGAUCGUUCAGAAAUGUGGGAUACAUUUUGCGCGCCUAAGCCCAACUCCUUACGGAACGUUCCGAAAUGUCGCACGUGCUAGCACGCAUUUCAGAGUAUGUCGAUUAUAAUCGAUUGAUCAUCGUGAGUUCUAUACGAUUGGCACGAAAUAACGUCUCUGGUAAUAUCGUUGCUAUUCCUAUCAGCUGUCUCCGUACUCUUUCUGGAGUCUGCACUCUUC